UCGCGUGCAGUUAGAAACCGAUUGAAGUCUUAAAGCUUGCGGCUUGAACAUCAGAAAAUGAUUUCAUAAUUUUUCGACAUGUGAAAGUUUUAUGUUUACGUUCAAGAAUUGUUGUAGGAUUUUAACCGUGAACAUCGAAAUAUAACGGGUAGAUGAAGUUAGAAGUGUACAUGCAUUUGUACAAACAAGCAGUCUGCUUAUUGCUCGCCGUGCAUACUCUUCCUGUAUACGGUACCGGAUAAAUUAUCACCGGAAUAGCGGUCGCAAGAACAGCACAGAACCUCACCGGUGUUUUUUCUCACCUGUUAUAAAACUGCCAUGGAGAAUUCAACAGAAAUCGUGUUUGUCCUGCAAGAACUGUAUGCGUCUAAGUCAAACAAACGCGCAUACUUUGUCCUCACUCUUAUCGUUUACCUAUUUACUAUUUUCGUGAACAUGACUUUGAUAUGGACAAUUAUUUUGGACAAAACGCUCCAUGAGCCCAUGUUUGUAUUUCUGUGUAACUUGUGUGUGAAUGGGAUAUUUGGUGCCUCUACUUUUUAUCCUAAAAUCUUGGUGGACCUUUCAUCUGAAUUGAGUGUCACUCCGUAUGAAGCUUGUCUGGGUCAAAUAUUUGUAAUUUACAGUUACACCUUCUGCGAAUUCACUACGUUAGCAGCGAUGGCGUACGACAGGUAUGUCGCGAUUUGCAAGCCGCUCAAUUACCACUCCAUCAUCACACAUCGGAAGGUGGUGAAAUUGUUGCUUUUUACCUGGCUGUUUUCCAUCUGUGAAUCAGGUGUUGCGACGAUCCUGAUACGCAGACUACCCCUCUGUGGAUUCAUCAUCGACAAGAUUUACUGCACAGCCUGGGCCGUGAUAAAACUGUCAUGUGUGGACACCACUAUCAACAACAUAUACGGACAGGUGCAGCCACCUCAAGACCAGAUGAGGUAAUCAGCGGAAAAUUUUGAUUGAAGAUCACAGUGGAGAGAAGUUAUUGGUGGACACAUUCUAUGAGCGUGCCCAAUGUGUCAGGAUUCUGAUUGUUGCCUGUGAAAGAUGGACGUAUCAGACAGUUCUCCAGAGUUUUCUUGGACUGCCUAUGAGGCGCUCUCCCUGUGUGCUCAUUGGUCAAUAAAUGUCACUCAUUGAA